AUGGCGAAUAGUAAUCUUCCCCGAAGAAUCAUCAAGGAAACUCAACGUCUACUAAGUGAACCGGCUCCUGGGAUAAGUGCCUCUCCAUCAGAGGAAAACAUGCGCUAUUUCAAUGUUAUGAUUCUUGGUCCUACACAAUCCCCUUAUGAAGGAGGAGUUUUCAAGUUGGAGCUCUUUUUGCCUGAAGAAUAUCCUAUGGCAGCUCCCAAGGUCAGGUUUCUCACCAAGAUAUACCAUCCUAACAUCGACAAGCUUGGAAGGAUCUGCCUUGACAUACUGAAAGACAAGUGGAGUCCUGCACUACAAAUACGAACUGUGCUCUUGAGUAUUCAAGCUCUUCUAAGUGCACCCAACCCAGAUGAUCCACUGUCUGAGAACAUAGCUAAACAUUGGAAGAGUAAUGAAGCCGAAGCUGUGGAGACAGCUAAGGAGUGGACUCGUCUAUAUGCAAGUGGUGCUUGA